AUUUAAUUAAUUUUUACACUCACCUUUGAACUCAGAAAACAAAACCAUGACUCGCAAAAAGCAUUACUGUUCAUUAGAAUUAGGGUCGGACAGCAUGCUGCCGCCGCAGCCGGCGUGGUCGGCAGGCUGCCGCGCGCUGCGCAAGGCCUGCCUCAUCUCCGAGAAGCACCCCGCCACGUACCUGCACUUCCGCAGCUACCCCACCGUCAUCGCCGAGCGCCAGCGCCAGCUCAACGAGGGCGGGCCCUACGUCAUACACCCUUUCAGCUUCUUCAGUUUGGUCUGGAACACCGUGAUGUCAGUGUUAAACAUCGCGCACAUGGUGCUAUCAAGCCUGCGCCUGUGCUUCGUGCUGCAUGCGGCCGGCCCGACGCGGCUCCACCCCGUCGACCACGCUCUCCUCGCGCUACACAUCUGCUGCUUGGCCGAUAUCGUCGUGAUGUUCCACGUUGGGUACUUGGAGGGAAGGGGCAACGUCAUUUUGGAUAGAUCCCUAAUUGCUUGCCGUUAUGUUCGAUCUUGGUUCUUCGUAGAUUUGAUAUCAAGCCUGCCCGUAAGUUACGUGCUAUUGUACCAUCGUCCGACCACCAAGAAAUAUGUUUUGAUAGGCCAUAUUCUGGCCGUUUUGAAAUCAGUCAGAAUUUGCCGGGAUAUGAACCACAUUGUAACAUUUAUGAAGAUAUUUCGGAAGUCUUACAUAUGCUACGGCACCAUACGCAACCUGAUUCUAUUCCUCCUGUCGGCACAUUGGUGCAGCUGCUGCAUCUACGUCCCCCCGGUUCUCAACUACUACUGGACGGGGAAAAUGGUUAGAGGCUUUAACUCAUUUCUGAACUCGACGAAUCUGAACGGUUACCCUAUCGGUUAUAGAUACCAAAGAAGCAUAUUUAUUUGUCUGUCUGCUUUUAUGGGCGCUGGAUUCUCGAUGUACAGAGUGUAUGCGCCAUUUGAAGUCAUAAUAAACGCUUCGCUCAUAUUGUACGCUGCACUCUUCAUGAUCUAUACGUUAGUGUAUCUCAUAAAAGUCUACAUCACGAGUUACCAUUCUGUAAUACGCUAUCAUGAGCUGAUGAGUCAAUUGGAGGAAUAUAUGCGACACAAGCAGUUCCCCGCGCAACUGAAGAAGAGAGUCUUCGCCUUCUAUUACUACCAGUACCAGGGCAACUACUUCAGGGAAGACUUGGCAUUCGACACUCUGUCAGAGCAACUGCGCAACGAGAUCGUUCUGCAUACGUGCCACAAGUUAGUCGACAAGGUGGAGCUGUUCGACGGGCUACCAGCCAGCGUGGUGGGCUCUGUCCUGGGCUGCCUCCGAGCUGAAGUCUACUUGCCUAAUGACCUGGUGGUGCGCGCGGGGGACAUCGGAGACUGCAUGUACUUUAUCGCCAGCGGAACUGUGGCCGUGUACUCGCUGAAGGGAGUUGAGGUAUGCCACCUGGUGGACGGCGCGCACUUCGGCGAGGUGGCGUUGCUGAUGAAAGACAGCAAGCGCGUGGCCACCGUCGUCGCCGUCGAAAUCACGCAAGUCUACCGCCUCGACGCUGAAGACUUUCGGCACUUCAUUGUGUCAUACCAAGUACUAUUUGAGCGCAUAGAAGCCCUCGCAUCACAGAGAAUGCACGAGACUGUUCUACUGGACGAGGCUUUCAGGAGAAAUCGUGAGAAAUUUGCUGAACACACCCAGAGUUCUCAAGAGCUGAACAAGACUCCUACAAAGUAACUACUUAUUUCAAUUCUGAGAUACAUUACGAUUAUAAUAUUUUUCAAUUAAUAAUUUUAAGUUCAAAUAAACAAGCAUGGAUUGCUACUUUAGUUGUUAAUAAACGAAUUUACUGCUAAUUACAUGUUCUUACUGCUUUCCAAAUAAAAUUGCCUCUUAAAAUUUAAAAUUUGUGUAUAUUUCUUAUAUUACAAAAUUAUCUCCUUACUGCUGCAUUGCACUCAUACAUAUUCCAAGGGAAUGCAUUAGAUAGAUAUAAAAUAACUUACAGGCUA